ACACCUGCUUGCUCCCUAUUCUCGUUCACCCAUCAACAGCCCUGCAUCCAACCCCUCCAAUACCAGCCUCCCAGUUGCCCUUAUCCCCCUGCAUAGCUUUCUGCACGGAUAGCUGUGACCUUGCAUCCUUUGUGGUCAACCUCUGGCAUUGUGAUUCAUGUCAACUGGAGAGUGUGAUCCAUAAAGACCCUGCCGAUGUUUGUGCAUGCUUGCGCCCCUCUCUCGUCACAAUAACCUCAAACUGCAUCAGUUAAAGAAUCCAGUUUGCAUUUCGGGAUAUUGGAACCAGUGAAAAUUUGGACGUGCUGGAAAAGAUGUCAGUCAGCGUCCAUGAAAACCGCAAGUCGAGGACGAGCACAGGCUCCAUGAACAUCUCGCUCUUCCACAAGCCCUCUCAUCCAGACAGUGUGCUCACCCACCUCAAUACCCUCCGCAAACAGUGCAUGUUCACAGAUGUAACGCUAUGGGCAGGCGACCGCUCCUUUCCCUGUCACAGAGCUGUGCUUGCUGCUUGCAGUCGCUACUUUGAAGCCAUGUUCAGCGGUGGCCUCCGUGAAAGCCUUGACAAUGAGGUUAACUUUCGUGACAGUGUUCACCCAGAAGUUCUGGAGCUGCUGUUGGACUUUGCUUACUCCUCACGUGUCAUCAUCAAUGAGGAGAAUGCAGAGUCACUCCUCGAGGCUGGAGAUAUGCUGCAGUUUCAUGAUAUCCGUGAUGCAGCAGCAGAAUUUCUGGAGAAGAAUUUGCACUCAUCAAACUGCUUAGGGAUGAUGCUGCUCUCUGAUGCUCAUCAAUGCAAGCGCCUUUAUGAGUUGUCAUGGAGGAUGUGCCUCAUUCACUUUGAGACUCUUCGAGACACUGAAGACUUCUGCGGCCUCUCGAAAGACAAGCUUUUGGAUCUCAUCCUUAGUGAUGAGCUGGAGGUUGAAGAUGAACAGAUUGUGUUCAAUGCGGUCAUGCGCUGGGUUAGGUAUGACCUAGACAGCCGCAGAGACUAUCUUCCUGAACUGCUGCGAGGGCUACGCCUCGCGUUGUUACCCUCGGAAUGCCUCAUUGAGGCCGUGGCAUGUGAGGAACUUGUGAUGUCAGAUAAAAGGAGCCGACAGAUUGUCGAUGAGGCCAUGCAGUGCAAGAAAAAGAUUCUGCAGAAUGAUGGCGUUGUCACUAGUCCCUGCGCUAGGCCUCGAAAAGCUGGGCACACGCUUCUCAUUCUUGGUGGUCAGACGUUUAUGUGUGAUAAGAUCUACCAAGUGGACCACAAAGCAAAAGAGAUCAUCCCUAAAUCAGAUCUUCCUAGUCCCAGGAAAGAGUUCAGUGCAUGUGCCAUUGGCUGCAAAGUUUACGUGACAGGAGGAAGGGGGUCGGAAAAUGGGGUGUCGAAGGAUGUUUGGAUAUAUGACACGGUACAUGAAGAAUGGUCGAAAGGUGCCCCAAUGCUAAUUGCACGUUUUGGACAUGGCUCGGCUGAACUUGAAAACUGCCUUUAUGUUGUGGGGGGUCACACUGCUAUAGCAGGUGUUUUCCCAGCCUCCCCUUCUGUAUCUCUUAAACAGGUUGAGCGGUAUGACCCCUUGACCAACAAAUGGACAAUGAUGGCACCACUUAGGGAUGGUGUCAGUAAUGCAGCAGUGGUCAGUGCCAAGCUAAAACUCUUUGUGUUUGGUGGAACAACCAUCCACAGGGACAAGGCCUCAAAGGUCCAGUGCUAUGACCCUAUUGAGAACCGUUGGACCAUAGCUGCAGAGUGCCCACAACCCUGGAGGUACACCGCCGCUGCCGUUCUCGGCAGUCAGAUAUUCAUAAUGGGCGGUGACACGGAGUUCACAGCAGCGUCUGCCUACCGAUUUGAUUGUGAGACCAAUCAAUGGACGCGUGUAGGUGACAUGACUUCUAAAAGAAUGAGCUGCCAUGCUGUGGCCUCUGGUAAUAAACUCUAUGUGGUUGGUGGGUACUUUGGUACACAGCGGUGUAAAACCCUGGAUUGUUAUGAUCCGACGUCGGAUAGCUGGAACAGUAUAACUACCGUGCCUUAUUCGCUGAUUCCAACUGCUUUUGUCAGCACCUGGAAACAUCUUCCUGCAUAGUCGCCUCUGAUUGAAGUGUAUGGAGCUGAUCUGGGUGCCAUGGUCUUCUAGCCACACUGAAUGGACGGCAGCAGAGCUGGAUUGUCAUUGGCUGGCCUGAAGCACCUCUGCUCGGUGGGUGUGGUGUGGCUGCGGUCGGUCACGGCCACUCUCGAAAACAAACCAUCUAUCCACUGCUGAGAGGAGCCACAGAGAAGAGCUGAAAAAAAUCUCCUGAAGAGAGGCCACAAAGGCCUUCUCCCUACAGCACAAUGCUAACUCAUGCCAUGCUUGUUCAUUGCCAAAUAGAGGCACAAGGACACAAUACACUCUUGCACCAAUAUCUGCUCUUUGGAGACUCUUUUGCAAUCCAACGAGGUCAAGAACAUUCCAGUGAACCAUGACAAACACGACUAAAGCAUGAUUUUCCUUCAUGAAACUUCUUCACUUUGACUGGCAGUACAGCAUGUUCAUGUUGCUUCCAAAACGCCUUACUGACAUUGCGUUAAACGAAACAUAUGAAACAUCUACAGAUAUGCAGAUUGUCCCCCAUGGGAAAGUGCAAGUUUACUCGAGCAGGAUGUAAAAUGCCUGUGGAACUUCUAUUUAAGUAUCUGUGAAAUUGGUUUUAACUUGGAACUUGUAUAGAUUCUACAGCACAAUGUAUUAUCAAGGACUUCCUCUUAUUUUAAGAUUUCUUGAAGGUUUGAACAUUUGAUAAAUGCAUUUAAUUUAUGUGUUUGUGACAAAAACAAAAGAGUAAAGAAAAAAAUUGCACAUGAGACUACAUGAUGGAUGAUGAGGGUAUUAAUGUUACUGUUUUCCUCUGGAUUUGAAUGCUGGAUUUUGUUCAAGGAAUAUUCUGGGUCCAAUACAAGUUAAGCUUGUGGCAUAAUGUUGAUAAAUUUAGUCCCUCAUUUUCUUAAAAAAAAGAAGUCUGGGUUCUAGUGAGGUACUUACAAUGGAAGUGAAUGGGGACAUCUGUAAACGUUAAAAUAUUCAGUUUUAAUAGUCACAAGUGGCUAUGCCAAAUGUUAAAUGACUUUGCCUUGAUGACGCAAUACCCUAAGAACUGUUAAAAUGCUUUACAGCUCAACUAAUACGUUUUAACAGAGAAAUGUAUGUGAUUUGACGCAUAAGCUUCACAUUUAAGCUUCUACAUUCUCUAAAAAUUGACCUAUUCAUUUCCAUUUUAAAUGCCUCACUGUAACCUCUAUUUUUGCUUGUUUUUAAAGGAAAGAAGAAAGAGUCUAAAUUAUUUGUGGUUGAUUGAGCUUAACUUGUAUUGAACCUAAAAAUUACUUUUAAGAACAACCAUGAUUCUGAAGUUGAAGGUUGGGUUUCUUGCUCACUUGCGGUCUUAAAACUCUUGAAAAGGGAUAUGGAUUUGAAUUUUGUUUCCGGGGGGGGGUUUGUCUUUUGUAGUAAAGGACUCACUGCUAAACAUUUCCAUUUGAAGGGGACUUUCUGGGAUUAUGCAGCAGAUCCCACUGGCGUCCUUGUGAACUGAAUUCCUGGUGCCUAAUACCGGUAGAUGUGUUUGUUGCUCAUUCAGUCUGUUGAAGGGUUUGAAUAAAUGAUUUUUUUUGAUG